CUUCUGCGAUAUAGGUUUUCCUCUUGCUUCUCUCAUUCUCGCCGCUCGUUUCCUGCAGAACGUGUUGUCCGUUGCCGUCCGAAGUAUAGCUUCUUCGCUCUCCGGGGGCCAAAGACUACGCAAGUUGUGAAUAAGUGGUUCAUGAACUGGCUUUGUGGUCUCGCGGGGGGUCUGUCAUGCAUUUAAGGCGUUACUAGUCUACCGAUGGGGAAAUGGAGCUAUGCCGUGAUCCUGGACGCUGGCUCGUCCGGGACUCGUGCACAUAUUUAUCGCUGGCAGGAUCCCGUCGUGACGCGUCCAAGCGCGAAAUUCAAGAACAUCGAUCAGCUGCCCGAUAUCAGCACUCGCAAUACUUGGACGAAAAAGAUUAAGCCUGGCGUUUCAUCGUUCGCCCAGAAUCCGGAGCGCCUCGGUCCUGAACACUUGAAACCUCUGUUUGACCAUGUGCGCAACGUUAUUCCCUCUGAUGCCAUCCAACGGACACCCGUGUUUCUCCUCGCGACAGCUGGUAUGAGAUUGUUAUCCAAGCGGGAACAAAGACAUAUCCUCACGAGUAUCUGUUCUUACAUACGCGAGAAUACAAGCCUGUCUUUACCGGAUUGUAGUGCCCAUGUAAAGGUUAUCGAUGGGAAAACAGAGGGUCUAUAUGGGUGGAUUGCGACGAAUUACCUGUUGGGCGGUUUCGACGAACCGGAAAAGCACAGUCAUGGAAAGAAUCACCACACCUACGGGUUUUUGGACAUGGGUGGUGCAUCGGCACAGCUUGCCUUUGCCCCAAAUGCUACCGAAGCACGGAAACACGCAAACGACUUAACGUUAUUACGUCUGAGGACAAUCUCCGGACAGCCUAAGGAGUACAAAGUCUUCGUAACGUCGUGGCUUGGAUUUGGCGUUCGAGAAGCAAGACAUCGUUACGUUCAGGAUCUGCUGGAGGUCACCGCUUCCAGCGGUCGAGAACGCCCUGAUCCUUGUCUUCCUGAGAAGCUUAUUGCAACUAUUGAUGGUACCAUUCUUCCAGAUCGCUCCCUGGUCCCGGGACAGGAUCCUUAUCUUAUUGGAACUGGGAAAUUUGAUGAAUGUUUACAACGAACGAUACCACUACUAGCCAAGGACGUGCCCUGUGAUGAUCAACCGUGUUUGCUCAAUGGAGUCCACGUUCCGGCUAUCGAUUUCGACGUCAACCACUUUGUCGGAAUCAGCGAGUAUUGGCACACAACGCACGAAAUAUUCGAAAUGGCGCACAAAGACAAAGCAUAUGACUUCAAUACCUACCAAACGCGUGUGAAGGAAUUCUGCAGCACGAGUUGGACCGAGAUAAAAAUGGGAGUUUCUGCCAAAAAAUGGGGCAAAAAGGUCAACGAAGAAAAAGCGUACGAAGUUUGCUUUAAAGCUGCAUGGAUAAUAAACAUUCUUCAUGAUGGUAUUGGCAUCCCGCGAGUAGGGAUUGAGAACACGCAAGGCUCAGCAAGCAAUGGGACCAAGGAGGUUUUGAAGCAUGGAAAGCAAAAGGGAUAUCUGGAUCCUUUCCAAGCUAUCAAUAGUAUUGACUCCACAGAAGUCAGCUGGACCCUCGGCAAGGCCGUACUUUAUGCUUCGUCACAGAUGCCCCCUGCUGAGGAUGCCCUGCCGGUUGGCUUUGGCAGUAACGUGCCCGGCAUUCCCGAUGAUUUCCAGUAUCCUGCAUCGCCACAUGUCCCCAUACUCACGCCACAGCCGCCUCAAGGCUCUCAAACAAACGCAACUAGCGAGCACUGGCACGAUUCUCUCUUCGACGGCGACUCUCCUCGCCGAAUUCCGGGAAUUCUUCUUUUUAUGUUAAUUGUUUUAAUUGCUCUUUUCUUCCUAUGUGGUCGCGAGCGCAGAUCGCGUAUUUAUCGAAAACUGGGCUUAUCAAGGGGUCGCGGAAGUCCAUACAAACGAAGAGGCUUGUUUGGUGGGAAGAUCCCAUUUCUUCGACGAGCUGGAACUUCGGGAUAUGAACGUGUUCUCGAAGAAGGAGCUCGUGAUUUCGAACUUGGUGGAGCAGACACGGAUGAAUCUGACCAUUCUCCCACAUCUGCGCUCCACCCGUCGAAAUCUGCCCCGAGCUGGGGAAAUUCUCAACACCAUCAUCAUUCCAUGCAGAAAUACGCCCUUGAUAAUGCUUCCACUCACAGUAUAGGGUCUGCGUUGGAGAUGGGUGCCAUCCACAGUCAUGUUGAUCGAACGGGUUUAGUUAUUCGGACCGAGAGUCGAGAUCGACUAUCCCCCCUUACUCUUGGCCCAACUCUGAAUGGACGGAAAUCGAGAACGUCGAGUCCCGUGAGGCAUAAAAGCCCUCUACUGAAUAUAUAACAGCUCAUUUCCUAAUGGAUGGUGUUGAUCAAGGUGGAAAAGGCGUUGCCAGGAGUGAGGAGAUCCUCCAUCGUAUUAUCUGUAUUAUGUUGGCGUUCGGGCAACUGGGUUGAGGUGGGCUAUUAUCCCAAUGGCCGGCAUUGUGGAUUAAUUGGACCAAAAAAAGGGAGGGACCGUCAUCAAUCAACCUGCAUUCAUCACUUGUAAAAGUCGAUAUAUUCUGCUUUCAUCCGACUCCCAAGGCAUGAUUAAGAGUCAACCUUUACUAUAGGUGCAUUACAUACCCUGUACAUAUGUAUAAUUCUGCUUAAA